GGCUCUAUCUCUUUCGUAUGAAUGCGUCACAAAAAUUCUGCUCCAGCUGUGGCCAGAAGAAGGUAGAGAGAGACCAGUCGACUGCACUUCGCAAAGGAGCUUCUCUCUCCUUUGCUCCUUUGACAGAAACUAGAUUAGAUUUAGAUUAGAUUAGAUUUAAUGGGCACGCCAAUUGAGCGCAGAGCACCCAAUCCUCAACCAUAGCCACUGCAACCACGAGAAAUUACACGACUGGACCAAGUAACCUACACAUUCUAUAUUCUACAGAUCUACACAUUUAGUGAUGAUCCAUCCAAUGCUCCUCGCAUACACCACACCACAUUGGCUAUGGAGAUUCUGUCACCUCAGGCCCUGUGUCCGAUGGCCAGUCACAACAACCAAUAGCUAUGAAGGCAGGCAUGCCAACCUCCAGCAAGCACGCACGCAGCUCAACGCCCCAUUACGGCAAGAACAAGUACGUGAAUGCGACCUGCGACGGCCAUCGACCAUCGAGCAGGCGCUCACUUGAUUGUAGCAUCGAGUCGAGAUUGACGGCGGUGAACAGGCAGUGCAUGUCCGACCUGACUCGAGCCGAUGAGUGAGUGAGGGAGUGAGUGAGUGCGCCGCCGAUCUUCGACCCACUUACUCAAUCGACAGAGGACGUGAUCACCGUACGUGAGUCGCUCGCUCGCUCGCUCCUCGGAAAACUUCCACACGAUACGAGCGAGCGACAGCGAUGGCACUGGUGAUUCUGCAUACGGCUGUCGAUUCGCACGAUUCGGCACGAACCGUGCCCCGUACGAGAGGAGACCGAAGUGGGAUUGUGAGACAGCACGAAUGCAUCGAGGGGCCGGCGGUGGCUGGUGGCUCAAUCCAUGGGAGGGAGGUGGGAGUGGUCCAGAGGAGAGCAAUCGAGCGACGGACGAUCGACAGCGUACGGCAUUCUGUUUGGGCUUUGGACGAAGAAGAAAAUCGUUUCAUGAGCUCUGUCUGUGGCUGUCUGUCGUCCUCACUCCUAAUCCUCCCUCCUCUCCCGUCACAGUUGUGGAGACGACGACGACGGUGGUGUGAUGAUGACGAUGAUGGAGCGCUCCUCACGGCGAUGGUGUCCAAACCGAAUCAACCUCCUUUGUGGCUGUCGUUCGCAUCCUCGUCCUGCUCCUCUCCGCUCAUGGCCUCCUCUUUCUCCCGUUGUUGUCAAUGAUGCAUGUGAUAUUGAGGUUGC